AGUACCUGUGUCGUUGUCGAGGAAAUGUUCUGCACAUCAGGAACUGCUCUAGGACCUCACCUGCGCUACCUAGACCUGUAUAUCAAAUGACACAAGAAAGACAUCCAAUAGGUCCAGUUCACCAGGUUUAACGAUAGUACCGGAGGCUCUUCUGCACAUGAUGAGAAUUCUUCGACGCGAACCACCAUGACGCCGGACGAACCCAUCUGCCUCUUCGAAGACGAGCAUCGACUACGGAAGCUUAAAAAUGCCUUCUGCAGCUCAACAUAUUGGCCACAUCUGACGCACUACGAAUCUUUGGCCGUUAGGUUUGAUUCUCAUGGUAGCUAUCCGGGUUCCCGAUCCCCGUUCACAAAGAUCAAGAAUGACGGGACGACCAGCAUCAUAAACGACAGCAUUUUCCGACGACUGCGUCUUGAGGCUUUUUUUCUCGCUUUGGAGGGUUUCUACACGGGCAAUUCUGACUUGGCGGGGAGGCAUCUUGAUCGGUUCUCUUACAUCUGGUCUCGCUGGUUAUUGCUGUAUUCGGACAUGUGUCAGCUCAUGUCAUUGACUGUUCAAUCCAUCAAGUCCUCCGUUGAUUGUCUUGGGAAGACAUGCGAAGAUGUCGUCUAUUCUUUCACCGACCAAGCGCUAUGGGAGAGAUGUCAAUCAAAAUGGCUCGUACCGAAAGAGGGCUAUGCCUUUGUUCUUGGCUGGACAGAGAAGAUAUCAGAACGACUAUCGGAAUGCGAUUCACAACCAAAACUCCAGGAGCGUACCUUGCUAGAUCUUCCAAAUGAGAUACUGCAUUCGAUUUUUUGCCGGACUCAUCCUAUCGGUGCUGCGCGUCGCCUUUCUGCAGCAUGCCAUCGUUUGCAUGGCAUUUCUCUCCCAUAUAUCUAUCUAACACGUUCGUUGGGCCUGUCUUAUUCGUAUUCGGAUCUUUGUCCAGAGGACAGCCCUGACGAAACAAAACGCCCACAAAAAAUGAAAACAUUCAUCCGCUCAAUCAUUCAAUGUUUAUCUCAAUCCCAUUUCCUCCUCACUUGCCCGGAUAUCACGCAAAGGAUCGAAUAUGUCCAUAUCACGAAUGGAUGGCUUGCCGAUAUGAAUUAUGACUUUCCUGAUACAUUUGUUCCAGCAUCUUUUAUGCCUGCCAUUGUGCAAGCUAUAUGCACUGCUCUUAGGGCUAGUAUAUGUCUGUCGACGAUCAGGAUAUCUUCCUACGACCUUAACGAAACCUUCAUCUCGACGUUUUUAGCACUUCCCCGCCUUCAUACACUGCAACUUUCCCGAUGCUCCCUUUCUCACAACGUAUUUGACGAAACCGAACCACUACACAAUGUCCGAAACCUGUCUCUCGGAAUCUCUAAGGGGGGAUCGUCUCUCUGGAAUAUCCUCGCACUCUGUCCAAAUGUUCACAAUCUCAUUCUCUUUGACCGUACGGAAUCAAUACUAGCUGUACCUUCGGACGUGAUCCAUUUUGGAAAUUUUUGUAAUUUGAGGCGCUUCUCACUGGGAUCUGUGGAAGAUGGAUCUGACGGGCCUGCAGUCGGUCUGGUUGUUGAUUGGCUGAACAGGGCCACUGAGCACCAUUUGACGCAUUUCAAGCUGACUGUACGACAGCCUGCUGCGGAUGCUGCUUUUCUCCUCCUUCUAGAUGCGCUGCAGCCUCAUCCCUUGGAGGAAUUCAUCUUCAAUGGCUUGUUGGAAGGACACCCGGUCGUCUUCGAUAGGAUAUCCCAGUCGUUUCCCCGAUUGCGCUCCCUCCGCCUGUUCCGUCGCUCGAGCAAUCGACAGCGUGAAGCGAGUCACUGUGAGUGGCCUUCGCCACCAUGGGAGUACGCCCAGCGUCUUGCGUCGUUCGGCAAUUUGCAGUACUUUGGGCGGAACUAUCUCAUAAUAAGAGAUGGAUAUUCACCUUGCUCUAUGCAGGUACUUGAAGGAGCCUUGGAUGUCUUCAGGAAGGAUGACUGUUUCGGCAGCGACGGUGAUACUUAUCUUGCUGCGUCGGUCUUUGCUGCUCAUUGUACUUCUCUGCGGACAAUGGUUAUGUUGGGCCGCGAUGCCUCAGCUUCUGCCAUUUGUACUUGGGAUAUCGAGCGGAUUGGUGGGAAGGUGGUUAUUAGUGGUGUCAGAGCGAACGAGGCGUUCCAGAGGAAGGUGUGGAACCCAUGGGACUGGGACGAACCUGACGAAUGGUGGUAAUUUGGCCAUCAUCAUUUUUCGAUGUGUACAAGCGCUUGACUUUAAAUGCCAGUUCUACUUCUACAUCCAUGUCAGCCUCUAAGCAGCUUUGAAUGGCAUCUAAAAUCAAUUUCUUCGAAACAACUCCGGCCCAAUGCAACUUUCGAAGACGAUGAAAUCGAUAAAAGGACGGAAUCUAUCGGCUUCCUUUCUGAGAUCUAUGCGCUUGCUCGAGAUACCUACAGGAACGAAUCGCCGGAUCUCAGUGAAAUCCUACUAC